AUGUCGAAUGCCUACGAGGUCAGGAUCCGUGCUACAGGAGAGAUGGCGACGGUUCUUCGGUACGAUGCAGGCCCAUCUCCGGAUGAAAUGGCGGUCCGAGUCCGCCACGCCGAUGGCCGUCGGCAGUGGUAUAAACCAGUGGAUGUGGACAUGUUCGAGCCGGUCCCUCCCGGGUAUGUCCACGGGGAUGAGAUUCAGGAAGCACCAGCACAGGCAGGGCUUCAAGAGCCUUUGUUGUCCGAGAGGCGCCGUCAGCAAGCUGGGUGGCUUUAUUACUUGCAAGUCGCAAUCAGCGUUGUCUUGACGCUGGCAGUCGUGCUUUUGGCAUUGGACCGAAACUCGAAGUGCGACCCGGAAGACUUGCGAAGCGUGGAUCCACCUUAUGAUGGCGACCUCCUGCCGUUUCGCUUCAUUCUCUCAGAACGAAAGCAGUUUAUCAAGCUCUCCAGGAUGAUCGAUGUCUAUGACGAGAACUGGGUAAAGGUUGGCUACUUUUAUGAUCUCAACCUGUUCUUCUUCAUGCGGUUUGGAUACUCGGAUGCCUCUGGUCGGAUCUGGUUUGAGGCGCGGCGCCCUAAUCUGUUUGCGCGAAUCUUCCAGCUGGGAAAGCAGUACUACCUCCAGCGGUGUGACGUUGGUGCCAAUGGACGCCACGGUGGGAUCUUCGACCUGCGAGAGGAUUUUUGGAAAGAGAGCUGGUUCUGCUCUCUCCACUGCGUCGGUCUCUUCAACAUUACGCGCCGGCCGGUGAACGAACAUAGCACUGGCGAUUUGCCCGUGGCCAAUGCCGUGUUCAACUCGACCCUGGAGUGGCAUCACAAGAACAUGGUGAAUACGUUUGCUCGACAUCGAUGGUACAUGAAACUGACCGAUCCUUUGGACGGCUCCCUCGUGGCUCAUGCAGAGCAGCAUUUCCGCUCCUGGCUUCCCGGGUACCUAUUGUCCAACUGGACGGUGCGAAUCUCGGAGGAUUUGCCGCUUCUUCCGAACUGGGUUGUUGGCUUCGCGGCGGCUUUGGAUGAUGUGGAUCGGACAGGCGACUAG